CGACCUCAACAGGACCGCUUGGUAACCGUGGCAUCGACCUACCGUCUCUCCUCGUUCGUCAAGCUCCUGUCGUCAUCCGCUGUCGUCAAUGACCGCCGUGCUGUCGGCCACGGAUGCUCUGAGGAGAGAAAGGGUCAUGUCAAUGGACGAUGCUCAGCUUGGCUACUCCUCGUCAACCGACUGGCGAACGAAGUACAACGAGGUGGCGGACAUGCUAGCGGAAACUCGCGCGGAACUGGACGACUUUCAUCUUGCUAGUAAGGAACUUGAAACCGAGUUGGAAAACGAGCUGCAGAGGACGGAGAAGGCCCAACAAGAGUUGAAGGUGAAGGCUGCAAGGGCAGAAAUAGAGCGGGACGAAUGGAAGUCCAAAUUUAUGACCCUGCAGACAAACCACAACACGACGACGACAUCUCUGCAGCGCGAGCUCGAUAAGUUGCGUCAAGAUUACCAACAAAUUAAAGUCCAGCUUCGCGAACUUGAGAUGGGAAAUGAUGAUUUGGAACGGACGGAGCGUGCGGUCUCGUCAAGCCUGGCUGACGUUGAAGCAAAGUAUUCCCUGGCGCUUGAAGAGAAGAUACUUCUAGAACAUGAACUCCUCGACAAAGCUAAUCUCGAAGAGCAGUGUCAGCGGCUCAAAGAUGAGCUACGAGAUGCGAAUAUCGAAGUCACAGUCUUGAAAGAUCAAUUGGCUGUUCAAGUUAACUCAUCACGAGAAUCCAUUUCGACCCCGUCCUCAGCUCCCAUCCUUCGUGACUCCUCCAGUGACGAUCUCUUAAAUACCCCCCCUCCCGCUGACCUACAGCUAUGCGAGCUAGACCGAAGUUCUGACAGCUUGCUGUUCGACAACGAACUCACACCGAAGAAACGAAGUGUGUCCCGACAAGCGGGGCAAUCUCUGCUAUUGAAUCGCGCUGGCUUCCAGCCCAUGACUUCGAACACAACGACUCCUCCGAGAUCAACUGGAAUACCCCGUUCGACUUCAAUACCUUCACCAUACUCGUCGUCACGAGCAGCGAGCAACCCAUCACCCAUAACACGCAAAGCCUCAACUACCAGUACCACUUCAACAACCAGCACUACAUCAAGGAGCAAAGGCGUUCAAAUGGUGUCUGAAAUGCGAGCUAGAGUUAGAAUGCUGGAACAGAAAAUUCAUACUCGUGUGCCUCGACUCCGAAUGAGAAGUGUCACGAACCGGACAAGUGCCGACGCUCCAAAUCCUAGCAGCAACGGUACCUCAUCUGGCCCCAGCAAAUCUAUCAUCGGGCGAACUAGUUGGGAAAACCCACUGAGCCGGCGCAGCUCGGAAUCUAGGCGUAGCGUUGAUACAGACAGCGAAAAGAUGAAGAAAGAUACAGCAGGAGAUUCAUCUGGAUGGGUUCUCAUUAUGGAGGACUCUCCCCCUCCGAAGAGAGAUAUAGAUCGGGAGCGACGACGACUAUCCAGCCCCUCCCGAUCUACAUCUUUCCGUCCCCAUGCUUCUGCGUCAUCUGCACUGCCCGCAUCUCCCACUUUGAGGAUGAAUAAAGCUGCGUUAUCACAAAGCACGGCGGCAGGUGGUAUGAGGCGGCCGCAAUCAAGGCUUUCUAUCGGUAGUUCAGCUACGACAUCCAGUACUGUCCCUACCCCGACCUCUCGACCAUCUACUCCAACGCUUCUUCCCAUUCCAACAGGAGGCAUGAAUGGCCACUCAUCCGGACUGGGACUCAAGCGGUCUACUGGCCCUACUGGUCCUCAUCCGCAUUUAAAGACAAAACGCUCGUCUUUAGGAUCGAGCACCUCUGCAAUGCCGCUUCCUGUACCCCGAAAUAAGCCGCGACCCGUGUCUAGCACCCCCACGAGCUCUGGAUUGAGGAGCUCGGCAUAUGCGAUAGGGAAAGCCCUCCCUCAACUUCCAUCCGGUGUCUCUGCGAAUGUGACAGUGCGUCAAACCAAGCUGCCUUCGUCUUCGACUUCAUCUGUGCUGUCGCAGAGUCGAAUUGGCCGCCCAAGUGGAGGUGGGGUUGCUCGGCAACAGAAUGCUGAAAGGCGCGACUCAGCGGACGGGACGAGCAACUGAUCUUCUCCCUAGAGUGGGUAGCGCAUCUGCGAAGUUUGGGGAAAGUGUAUCUUAGGUCAGAUUAUCUUUUCGUGUUCGUUGUUGGCUGAUCAAUCGAUUAACCCUUAUAUUUUCUUCCAUAUUUACCUAUGUCGCCUUGUUUUCUGCCAACCAUUCUAAUUACUACCGACCUGAUAUUUUGCAUUAGGCACCUGAUCACCGUCACAUUCAUUAUGUAUCGUAAAUACCUUUUACUUAUCUUUCAUGAUGAAAUGCUGGAAGCGACGUAUCCUAUACAUCUCCUUCUGCCAAUUCUAGAGGAAGUAAUACGAUGUCUUAUAGGUGUACUUAAUGGCCAUGACUAUCAUUAUUAUUUCAAGCUUA